AUGAAAUAUUUUCGCAAAUUACCGAGUGGUCCUUCUGGGGUACCUAAUGUUGGUAAUGAACACAUCACUAUGUACUGGGAUGAGGAACAUCCGUAUCGGAUUAAUGCGGGAACAAAAUUUGAUAGCAAGUUGCAUGUGAAGACUGCUAUCACUAUGUGGAGUUUGAGGCAACAUCGACAAUUUAGGGUGGUGGAGAGCAAAUUAAGAAGGUGGCAUGCUGUAUGCAAAUAUCCUGCAAGGAUGACAGAAGAUGGGGUAGCUAUUAUCAGCGAGACCGACGCUGAAAAAACGAAUGAAUAUUCUUGGGAAGUUUCUGUGACACAAUGGGCCCAUGAUGAUAUGUGGGAAAUUAGGAAGUGGGUGGAACGCCAUAGUUGUGAAGGCCAUCGUAAUGAUAGAGGACAUGUUAACUUUUCAUCAUCAAUGACUGCUUUGUGUAUUCGCCAUCAAUUGCUAAAAAAUGCUGAGUACAAAGCCGCAGCCGUAAGAAAUUUUGUUCAUGACAAAUUUCAUGUGUCGAGGAAUCCAGGCACAAUUUUUGAGUGGAAGCACAAUGAGUUGUUGAGCCAGGGACGUAAUAAAGUCUUCUAUUAUGUUUUCUGGGCACUUGGGACUGCUAUACAUGCUUUUCAAGAGUGUCAGCCAGUUUUAACAAUAGACGAGACUCAUCUUCGAGGAAGAUUUAAAGGUAAGUUGCUUGUUGCUUGUGGUGUUGAUGCUAACAAGAAGACUCUGACGAUUGCAUAUGCUGUUGUUGAUGAAGAAACUGGCGAAAGUUGGCAGUGGUUUUUGUAUCAUGUAAGAAUUCAUGUGGUGAAAUACCAGAGGGAGGUGUGCAUCAUAUCGGAUAGGCAUAAAUGA